AUGUCAUAUUAAUAAAAAUUAAAUGGAAUUAAAUGUUGGGAUUCAUUUAGGGAUUUAACUUUGAAGAAAAUGGAAGUAAUUCCUUUCGCAAUUACUGAAUGUCCUGAUUUAUGUACAUGUUAAAUCUGUAUAAAAAAAUUACCAGAAGAAGAAGAACCACAAGAAAAAUAAAAAUAUCAAAAGAUAAUUAAAUAACCAAGAUAAAGAAGAUUGUCAAUCUGUGGAUAUAAAGAUGAUCUUUUGACUAUAUGUUAAAUGUUAUAGAAGUAAGAUGAAGUUGUUAGGCCAAUAAAUAUUAAUAUUCUAGAUACGGUCAUCUUAAAAGAUAGAGAAUUUGUAUUCUAUGCAUUUUAUGAUAACGGUUUUAAAUGCAUCAAAAAUAAAUCCUUUUUUCAUACAGAAAUGGAAAAAUAUUUGAUUGAAAGAAAAGUUGACUUUGAAGUUGAUUAUUAAGUAAAACAAAUAAAAGCAGGUGUUCAUUCUACUAUAAAAUCGUCUGAUUAUUAUGAAAAUAGUGCUUAAGUAAUUACUAAAUUAAAAUAAGUAUUGAAUAGAUCUAAUAUUAGUAAAUUUCUGAUUUAUUAAAUGGGUAAAGCAUUUUAAUGGCUAGAUAUCAAACAGGUGAAACAACUUUGAUGGGUAAAUUUGAAUUGCAUUAAAUUGCAGUUUUAUCAAAAACAAAUGUAAUCUUUGACAAUCUACUUCAUUUAUAAUUAUAUCUAUAUAAUGAGAAAUUAGCUCUAGAUUGCAUAGAAAUAAAUAAAAGAAACUCAAAAGAUUAUUUUAUACAUAGAUAUAAAUAUAAUAAAGACAAUUAAUUAUUUAGUGAUAUAGUAUGCGAAUAAUCAUAUCUAACAGAUCCAUCUCUACGUGGUUAAAGAUUAUGGAAUAAAGAAAAAGAAUAUUCAGAAAACUUAGAUUUAAAAGAAUAUUUUAAAUAUACCUGUCAUAAAAUAGCUGUUUAUAUAUAAAGUUUUCAUAAAUUAUGUAUAAAUGAAAUGGAAGUACAUUUUAUUGUUAGUAUAACUAAAACUUAUCUAAGAUCACCCUAAAAAUAUUUCAAUUAUCAAUAUUAUUGGCUUAAAAAUGGUUAAAGCUGAAGAAACAUAAUGGGUAAUCAAGACUGGAAGAGUGCUAAGCACAGCAGAGAAAAUACAAAUUAAUGAUGUUGAUAUCAAUGGAAGUAAUAAACCUAAAACUUAAAGAUCUUCAAUUGUUUCUUAAUCUCUAAUACCUUAUACAUAAAAGUAAUAAUUGUUAUUUAUUAAUAAGAGUUAUCGAAAAAAUUAAGCCAAUUACAUCUUAAGUUAUAGAAAAUAAUAAAUAAGGUACAAGAACUUAAGAAGCUUUUAAAAUAUUAAAUCCUGGAAUAAAUGAAUCAAUUAACGAGAUAUUAGAAAAAUAGCAAUAUUAAAAAAUGAUCAGAAAUUUUCCUAAAUAAUUAAAAAGAUAUCAAAGUAUGCAGAGAGAUUCACCAAUAAAAACUAGGAUUGAGGAUUAAUAUCUUACAACAAGUAGGGAUACUUAAAUGGAUGAAUAUUUAGUGAAAGCUAAGUAGAAAAAGAAAAAAUAAACUAUUAACUCUCCAUUUCUCAGAAGCAUCUCAAGAAGAUUUUUCAAUAGAAGAAACUCAGCUGAUUUCUGUUGA